AUGCUGUGUGAGCGCUAUGUGUACUGGAGCAGCGGGCUGCUGAUGAUGCUACGCUGUACUGUAGCUAGCUUCUAGCUCACAUAGAUGCUCUCCCCUCCCCUCCCCUCUCCUUCCCUUCCUCUCAUCCCUUCUUCUCUUCCCUUCCUCUCCCUUCCCAGGAGGUGACCUUGAGGCCUGUCCUCUGUUAUCAGGGAGGGUGGGGGAGAGUGGGGGAAGGUAUCGGCUGCCGAGGGCCUGCUGGAAAUCUGAUCAAGGCUACAGUGUCCCCACCCUUUGAUAUGCCUCUGGGAGGGAGGCUGCUACUGCUAUUGCUGCCGCGAUGGCUGCAAUGGAAUCUGAUGCUAGAGUAUACUACUGUACUGUUGCUAAUAAUGUAUAUUUGUCAAGAACGAACAAUUAAUAUAUUGUAAUUCAUGCCCUUAUUGAGUGAACCAGUUUGCUCUUUAAUUCUUUUAUACUGUAUUUUCAGUCAGUACAGUAUAAUAUUUUGAAUUUCAGCAUUCGAUUUGAAGUGUUAUCUAUGACUUGAUAAUUACAGAUAUAUUAAUUUGCUACUAUUUUGAUCAGCCCAGAUUGAUUUGAGGAAGAGGUCUGUCCAUUAUCUGUGUAUUUGUACUUUGUGUGUGUGGUUUGAUUGGAGUUGGAGUAUGUCUCCCUUCUGUAUCCCUUGUGGGCAUCUUGAGUCUAGUGGGCUUCUGUCCAACCUCCAGAGAGAGAUGCCUGUUAUGGAUGAUGUGGAGAGGGAGAGAGAGAGAGAGAAAGAGAAGGAAAAAUACAAACACCCUUGCCUUGUUAGCACUAAUACUCACACUUGUCUUAUCCUACUACUACUGACUUUGCUGAUAACUUCUUCAUUAAGGAAAAAUGUACUUACUAUGAGUUUGAGAGAGAGAGAGAGAGAGAGAGAGAGAGAGAGAGAGAGAGAGAGAGAGAGAGAGAGAGAGAGAGAGAGAGAGAGAGAGAGAGAGGUGACAUAAUGUAAUGACACAUGAACCUCGCUGUGUCUCUGUGUCUCUAGAGACUGGGGGCCGAGGAGGCCACUGAUCUGAUCCAGGAACAGAUGGGCCGUUUGGGUAACAGAGCCUAACCCAGCACCGCUCACCGCUCCUGAGGGAGAUCACCCUGUGGUGUAGCAUGGCUCUCACCCACACAGAUCUACAGGAAGAAGUCAGACUCACCCCCACAGCUCUAGAGGCAGGAGUCAGACACUCACACAGCUCUAGAGGCAGGACUGAGACUCACACACAUAGCUCUAGAGGCAGGACCGAGACUCACCCACAUAGCUCUAGAGGCAGGACAGAGAUUCACCCACACAGCUCUAGAGGCAGGAGUCAGACUCACUCACACAGCUCUAGAGGCAGGAGUCAGACUUACCAAGCUAGCAUUAGAGACAGGAGUCAGACUCACCCAGCUAGCUUUAGAGGCAUGGUUAAUAAUCACCAAGGCUUCUAGAGGCAGGACUCACAUGCUAUUCCAGUCUUCUAUGGGGGCAAAGCACUGAGACUCACCGAAACGCUUUGAUGCAGGUUAAGACUCAAAUUCAACCUGUCAAAUCAAAUCCAAUCAAGCUUUAUUUAUAUAACACAUUUCAGACAUGGAUGCAAUGCAAAGCACUUCACAGGAAAAUAAACAUACGUAAAAUAUUUACUACACAACAAACAUCAGAGGAUAGAAAACUAAAUAAUAACAAUAAAAACUUAAAGAAUAAAAAUCACCCUAAGGAAAAGCAGAGCUAAAAAUGUGUGUUUUAAGAUCCCUUUUAAAUAUGUCCACAGUUUCGGCCGCCCCUCAGGUUCUCUGGCAGGCUAUUCCAGAGGCUGGGGGCAUAUAACUAAAGGCUGCCUCUCCAUGCCUCUUGGUCCUAGGCUUUGGGAUAGUUAAAAGGCUAGUGCCAGAGGACCUUCGGGACCUACUGGUUACAGUGCCUUGCAAAAGUAUUCAUCCCCCUUGGCGUUUUUCCUAUUUUGUUGCAUUACAACCUGUAAUUUAAAUGGAUUCUUAUUUUGAUUUCAUGUAAUGGACAUACACAAAAUAGUCCAAAUUGGUGAAGUAAAAUUUAAAAAAUAACUUGUUUCAAAAAAUUCUAUAAAAUAAAUAACGGAAAAGUGGUGCGUGCAUAUGUAUUCACACCCUUUGCUAUGAAGCCCCUAAAUAAGAUCUGGUGCAACCAAUUACCUUCAGAAGUCACAUAAUUAGUUAAAUAAAGUCCACCUGUGUGCAAUCUAAGUGUCACAUGAUCUAUCACAUGAUCUCAGUAUAUAUACAUCUGUUCUGAAAGGCCCCAGAGUCUGCAACACCACUAAGCAAGGGGCACCACCAAGCAAGCGGCACCAUGAAGACCAAGGAGCUCUCCAAACAGGUCAGGGACAAAGUUGUGGAGAAGUAUAGAUCAGGGUUGGGUUAUAAAAAAAUAUCUGAAACUUUGAACAUCCCACGGAGCACCAUUAAAUCCAUUAUUAAAAAAUUGAAAGAAUAUGGCACCACAACAAACCUGCCAAGAGAGGGCCGCCAACCAAAACUCACGGACCAGGCAAGGAGGGCAUUAAUCAGAGAGGCAACAAAGAGACCAAAGAUAACCCUGAAGGAGCUGCAAAGCUCCACAGCGGAGAUUGGAGUAUCUGUCCAUAGGACCACUUUAAGCCGUACACUCCACAGAGCUGGGCUUUUCGGAAGAGUGGCCAGAAAAAGCCAUUGCUUAAAGAAAAAAAUAAGCUAACACGUUUGGUGUUCGGCAAAAGGCAUGUGGGAGACUCCGCAAACAUAUGGAAGAAGGUACUCUGGUCAGAUGAGACUAAAAUGGAGCUUUUUGGCCAUUAAGGAAAACGCUAUGUCUGGCGCAAACCCAACACCUCUCAUCACCCCGAGAACACCCUCAUCGGCUGGGACUGGGAAACUGGUCAGAAUUAAAGGAAUGAUGGAUGGCUCUAAAUACAGGGAAAUUCUUGAGGGAAACGUGUUUCAGUCUUCCAGAGAUUUGAGACUGUGACGGAGGUUCACCUUCCAGCAGGACAAUGACCAUAAGCAUACUGCUAAAGCAACACUUGAGUGGUUUAAGGAGAAACAUUUAAAUGUCUUGGAAUGGCCUAGUCAAAGCCCAGACCUCAAUCCAAUUGAGAAUCUGUGGUAUGACUUAAAGAUUGCUGUACACCAGCGGAACCCAUCCAACUUGAAGGAGCUGGAGCAGUUUUGCCUUGAAGAAUGGGAAAGAAUCCCAGUGGCUAGAUGUGCCAAGCUUAUAGAGACAUACCCCAAGAGACUUGCAGCUGUAAUUGCUGCACAAGGUGGCUCUACAAAGUAUUGACUUUGGGGGGGGGGGGGGUGAAUAGUUAUGCAUGCUCAAGUUUUCUGUUAUCUUUUUCUUAUUUAUUGUUUGUUACACACACAAAAAAUAUUUUGCAUCUUCAAAGUGGUAGGCAUGUUGUGUAAAUCAAAUGAUACAAACCCCCCAAAAAUCCAUUUUAAUUCCAGGUUGUAAGGCAACAAAAUAGGAAAAAUGCCAAUGGGGUGAAUACUUUCGCAAGCCACAGUACAUAACUAAAAAGCAUGUCUGACAUGUUUUGGGGUGCAUAAACGUGGAUUGAUUUAAAAACCAAUAGAAGAAUCUUUAAAUUAAUUCUAAAACGCAUAGGCAGCCAGUGCAGACACUUAAAACCGGUGUAAUGUGUUCUUUCUGUCUGGUCUUGGUCAGUACCCUUGCUGCAAAAUUCUGUAUGUUUUGCAGUUGACCAUUGGCUUUCUUGGGUAGACCAGACAAGAGAGCAUUACAGUAGUCAAGCCUGCUUGUAAUAAAAGCAUGGAUGAGUCUCUCUGUAUCAGCCUGAGAGAGAAAUGGCCGCACCUUGGCAAUGUUCCUCAGGUGGUAAAAAGCUAUUUUGGUCACAUUCCUAAUGUGUGAUUCGAAGAGGCAGGACUUUCAGACUCAUCUCGCUCUUUGAGGCAGGACAUUGAGUGUGAUCAAGGCACAAAUAUAUUUGGAUAACUCUAAAGUGGCAAAAUGCCUGGUACAGAACUGUUGCUGACAAAAUAGCCCUACAUUUGUUUUUACAUUAUGUUGAAUGCUUCUUGUUGUUUUUUCAGAGCCAUUUUAGGCCCAAGUUAUUUAUUGGAACUCUAUAGUUAGUGUUUUGCUGUUUGUGUUGUUGUAAGACCAACCCAUGACUUUGGAGAUGUCUAUGCUUUCUUUCAGCCAUCAAUGAGUUCCCUGAGGAUGUCUUCACCACCUACCAGCGCACCAGAGGAGCUGUCCUGCUGCACAUAUUUGCGGUAGGAGAUGGAUGUGUGUGUGUGCUAAACUCCAUGUGGUUCAGUAAAUCAGGCCUGUGUUGUUGACUGUGUGUGUAUGUGCAUGCUUGCAUAUAUGCGUGCAUGUUUCUAGCUUACAUGUGUGUUCGUCCGUGCAGACAUUUUUGGACAAACGAUGACCCUGCUGUGAUGUACUGGUCCGUAGGCACUACUAGGCAGUAUGUUAUCUUCAGUCCUGACGUCUUCAUCUGGGAUAAGUGGUGUGGCUCUGUGAUUGACAGUUUUAUGACAAUUAUAAAUACUCUGUGUCAUUGUUUGUGAUAUGUUAUCUUCCUGUUAUGUGAUGUCCUGGGCUGUGCUGUGAACAACAAGGUUUGGUUUGUACCUAGGCUCAGCGCCCCCUGGGCAGGCCAUCACAGCCUUACACAACAAAAGGCACAUCAAACAUGCAGCCUCAGUUGACUCUCCUCUUUCUUUGGGGGGAAAGACUACUUUGUGAGGGCAGGAUAGAGGAUAGCAGGAUGUGUGUACAGUGAGGCUGAUAUAAUUGCGUCUAUUCUAACUCAGUGUUGUUGUAUAGUAGUGUUCAUUUUGCACAGCACUAUAUCCUCUUUAACCCUCUCUCUCUCUUUUUUCUUCUUCUACCUCUCUCCCGCUUUCUCUCUCUCUCUAUCUCUCUCACUUUUAUACCCCCCUGUCUCUCUCUCUCUCUCUUUUUUUCGACACCCUAUCUCUCUCUCCUCGCUCGCUCUCUAUCACUCUCUCUCUGUCUUUCUCAGGCCCUCUACAUGUUUCUGGCCUUGGCCAUCGUCUGCGAUGACUACUUUGUGAUGUCGUUGGAGAAGAUCUGUGAGGUGGGUGAAUUGGGGUCCUAUAACAACCUCCUCUAGGUCAUAAAACUCCUUCCUCUCCCCACGUUAUUGACGUGUUGAUGUGAUGUGUUUGUGUUUUGAUGUUUGAUGCAUGAGGCUUCAGUGUGAGAUUGUGCUUCCUCCCUCUGUGUGUCUGUCAGAAACUGGACCUGAGUGAAGACGUGGCAGGAGCUACUUUCAUGGCUGCUGGCAGCUCAGCACCAGAGCUGUUCGCCUCAAUUAUAGGUGAGAUUGGCUUAUACUCUCUCACACUAACACACUUACAGUAUAUACUGUACAAGUGCAAACAUUCUCACAUACAAGCAGGUGAAAUACAGUCAGUAGUAUGUAGACUGUAUGUUCAAUGCACUACAUUGGUAUAUAGGUUUCAGAUCAAUGUUGAGGCGAUCAUAUUGGGAUGAUAACUGCCUCUCUCUUUCCCACUCUCUCUUAAUCUCUCUUUCCCUUUUUCUUUCUGUCUCUCUCUCUCUCACCUCCCCCCUUUCUCUCUCUUGCUCUCGCUCCCCUCCCCCCUUUCUCUCUCUUGCUCUCGCUCUGUCCUCCCCCUCACUCUCUUUCUCCUUCUCUCCUGAAGGUGUGUUCAUCACUCAUGGAGACGUGGGUGUUGGAACCAUAGUGGGCUCAGCAGUGUUCAACAUUCUAUGCAUCAUCGGUGUGUGCGGAAUCUUCGCUGGACAGGUGUGUGUGUGUGUGUGUGUGUGUGUGUGUGCGUGCGCGUGAGCGUGACCCCCAUGUGCCUCAGUCUGUAUUGUUGCACACUGCCAGAAGGGGACCAUUGUGUCAAUCACAAAUUACACUCACAUGCUACAACACAUGCUAUUUUAUGCCCCAAAUAACACAUUCAGUAUUAGAUGUAUACAGGCCUGGGUCAUUCCACCAUUUCACCUAAUUGUAACACUCUGUCAUAAAGAGCACAUGUUCAACUUCAUUAAAAAAAACAUGUUUUCCCAUCUCAAGAGGUUAAAUAAAAAAAUUACUAUAGUUAGUGCCUGUUAAGUGCCAAAUAAGGUAACAAGGUUGACAGUAACAGGUUUGAUGAUUUCUUCUUAAAUCAGCCAUAAAUCCCCCUUGUGAUAGGUGGAAUGGAAGCUUGUUGUGUGCAGAAGGGAGGGGCAAUUGAACGCAAGCUUCACAAUUUAUUUUUUGUGUUAAAACAUUUCUAGCCUUUGUAUUUAUGGGUAACAGUGUUGACGUGUUAUGCUCGACCCACUCAGUUUUCUUCCACAAAACAGUGGCCAAAAAGAGUAGAACCAGCUCACCUGCUUUUACACUAUGAUUUGACUAUUAGAUGUCCAAUGUUUCUUUUGAAAAAAAAUAUUUAAAAGGAAUAUUGAAACGAGAGUUCAGUUCAGACGUAAAUGAAUCACUAAUCACAAAAAGUCAAUUAUAAUCUUCAGAAAUGACUUUGUCAAAGCAACAACAUAACUAGGGCUUUGCAAUAAUGGUGAAACUUGAAGAAAUGUGGGGAUUAAGUGGGUUAAAAUCCUUUUUAGCAAGCCUUUAUUCAUAUAUAUAUUUAUAUUUUUAAGAUUAAAGAUUUAUUGAAUUAUCCAUGUGGUCUAUAUUAAAGGGCACUUCAUUUAUUAUAACAAGCUUUUAAAAUUCAAUAUUGGUGCACAAUUUCUACUUAAAAUAUCAAAGGGACGCAAAAGGCACUCUUUUCGUGGAACGACCUGCCUACUGUAUUACACACAUUUAGUUUUGCUUCCUUUUGUGUACCAGGCAGAUGCCCCCAUUAUAUUUUAUUGGUUGCCAAAAACAACUUAAACUGACAGGAUUAUGUCAUCAUGUUUUUAAACUGUGUUUUGUCUGAUAACUGCUACAGAGCAAAAAGCCAUACUGGUCUGGUUGUGUUUAAAGUGCUGCCUGCAGCCUUAAAGACUCUCAACUGCUUUUGACAGGACAAGCGAGCACAGUCCUGUCACUAGUUGUCACUAGUUACCACAAUCACAAAGUCGAAAUUGGCUAUAUUGCCAAAAUUCAUUUAAAAAAAAGAGCCUUUUGGUCUUAAUUCAAACUCCAGGUAGCAGAUAAUGGACUCUAACAUGUAUUUAUGUAGUUUGGCGCUGUAUAUUAACUAAUAUACAUGGGUUUUGUUAGUUUACAAUUGUAUCAUUUAUGCUCCCUGCAUAUAAAAACCACGGAGACUGCCGGAAAGCAAGAUUGUAAUUUCUAUGACUCACACUGUGGAGGAACAUAUUGUGUGUAGCCUACUGUACAUGGUAAGCUGUAAGUGGCAGUUCACUUUUUAGUAUGGAAAACGGCUGUGAGGAUUUUUCUACAAUAUUCAGAACAUAUUUCAUCAAUUACAUGUGGAAAUACGUAUUUGAGUGAACAUUAGCAAGCCAGCAGCAGAUGAAUCAUAAAGUGAAUUCUCUCCUCCCUCUCCACGGUUUUAGCUUGUCGUCUAGCUGGCUAGGUUUAGGAUAUUUAUUAGCCCAUACCAGUGACAAAUUUAGCUAUGUUAUCGACAUAUGCCAAAUCUAGCUCACAUAUUUUGCUAGCUAGAAAGAAAUAGCCACAAAUUCAUUCAGAAACGGAGGAAGAGUAUAGCUAGCUCUAGCAAGCUAACGUUAACAUCUGCGUCUUUUACAAGAAACAACUGUGGCAACAUUAUCCUAAAAUCAUCAAAUAAACUUUAGCAAAAUUCACAAUCCAUCCCUCCAAAGAAAGCAUGGCUCUGGGGCUUCUCCAAAAUGCCACCAGAUCAGCGAUCAGAUCCAUGGCCGAAGCGUCUCAUUUUAGUUUGCCCGCAGUCGGCAGGCUGUAUAAAAAAAUCCCCCAGAGCCACAGAAUGGCCGAAUUAGCCAAUGCGCAGCCCCCAGCAUUCCUUCCAUUGUUGAUAGCCGUGGAAGUUCUCAGGAAUGAAAUGUGCCUCGAAGAUUGACAAGUAGACACCCCAUUCACCUGCCUAAUUCUCACAAAUGUAUUCCAAUUUUUACAAAGUUUUGCAUUCAUCGUGUGACGCUGACCGCGGGGCGUUGUGGGAUUUUUUCUGAAGUUAAAGCUGAUUUGGAGAAAACCUCAAACCCAACUUUCAGAACAACAUUAUAAUAUUAUAACAAUUUAUUUAAGAGUUUGUCAUUUGUGAAUGUUUUCUUGGGGUGCUCUAAGUUACUAUUAUAUGGGUUUCUGGCAUUGAGAGGUAAGUGCUACACUGCGUUUAAGGUUAGGGUUAGACAUAAGGUUAGCAGUGUAGUUUGUAGAAAUAGGCAGGGUUAUACCAUAAUUAUGGCUUUGUGGCUGUGAUAAAUAGUGACAACCCAGAAACAAUGAGAGCACUGAGUUCCGUUAUUGAACAUUGCUUUGUUUUGUAGCUGCUGAAGGUUUUUAACUUGUGCAUUUUUUUUCUAAAGGAGAAUACUAAUGGGUUUUGCUUCAGUAGUUUGUAUUACUUGUUAACUUUAAUGGAACCAGCUGGGUUGACAUACGUUCUGUGACCUUGCGCCACCCUUAGUCAUCUCACUACCGUACUAUUGUGGUCCUCUGUAGCUCAUUUGGUAGAGCAGUUGGUAAGAGCAGUUGAUAGAGCAUGUGUAAAACACAAAAUUCACGUGUAAAACACACAAUCAAUUAGAAAGAAGUGGCUUUGAUUCCAGGGACCACCCAUACGUAAAACGUAUGCAAGCAUGACUGUAAAUCACUUUGGAUUAAAUGGUCUGCUAAAUGGCAUAUUUUGCAUAGAUAUUACUGUAGCUAUUGUAACAAGGUGUCCUUGACUUGGACAGUACCUAUGUUUUUCUUAACCUUUCAGCCUCAAUAGUGCUAAUGGACCCUUUAUUAAAUCACAUGUGACUGACCUGCUGGAUUCAGUCUUAUGUAGAAACAUUUGAAAUUGUGUUUUUUACAUUGGAUAAAAGUAGAGACUUAGAGCUACAAAAUGGUAUAUCAUACACUACAGUUGAGGAACAAUGGGAAAGUAAUUCUGCUUUGAAAGUUGAUCAACUUGUAACCCCACUUUUUAGAAAAUGGCCAUUGAAUGUUUUGGUACACCAACUGGAGAGCUCUUUUUUGUCUACACCCAUUCAGCAUCGUUCACACCCUCUUAAGCCUUAGCCCCACCCAACUCUUUAAGGAUUCACACGUGAGGCCAUGUGCUAAACAGAGUGAAUACGGUAGUGUACUAAACAACCAAAGAUUUCAAGACUAAAGGCAGGUUUAUACUACGUCUAUUGACAUGUAUGUAUACAGUUGUCGCAGUGACAUCAUGAACAUUCUAUUGUUGUCCGACAUUAAACUUGUCGUUGUCGUUAUGAAAAAGUGUUAAACACAAAAAUGACAGGCUGCAUGACAUCAGCAGCCUGGUGGUCCAAAAUAGCAUAACAGGUGUAUUUGAACACCUAUAAACCCAUCCGUUUAAAAAUUAAUGUAGUAUAUGUCAAUCUAGCAAACCAGGCAACUAAAAGCAACUUUCUAAACAAUGUUUAUGUUCGUUUCUAGCUUUUUAGCUAGCUAGCUAACGUUAAGUUAGCUGGCUAGCCAGUUCAAAUAAUGACCAUAUCAUAUAGCUGACAAUGUCUUCACUUUGGAUACUUUGUAUUCAUUAAAAUAAACUCACAACAAGAUCAUUAUUUACAAGUUAAUGGCAAGCUAAUUACAGAAAAUAGCCUACGGUUGUGAGUGUGACGAAAUAAAAGCAGGGCAUUCUACCGGAGAAUUUUAAAACUUGGACGCUGUCUCGUUGGCCUAACAUUAUAUCCUAAUUUGACUUUGGUGCAGGUCAUAUUAUUCUUCACAUUACCGUCGCUGAUAAACACACACUAUCAAAUAAUAUCUACGUUUAUUUGUCACAUGCACAGGAUACAGAAGGUGUAAACGGUACAGUGAAAUGGUUACUUGCAGUGGAGUCUUUUGUUUAGACAUGUAGCUAGCUAGCUAGCAAAACAAUGAACCAUAAUCCCAAUUCAUAACGUUACUACCCUGCAUUAAUCUACAGGUAGCUAAAGCUAACCAACUAGGUUCAAUUUUAGCUAGCUAGCUAACAUUAGGCUUUAACUAGCAAUGCAAAUGGCUUUGAGAUACGAAUAAUAUUACUACACAGAUCAUACAUGUAAUGUUAGCUAGCCAGCCAGCCAGCCAGCUAACGUUAGCUAGCUAACAGUACACUUUAACUUGCAAUGAAAAUGACUUUCUGACAAAAUUAGAAACAUAUAAUAUCUAAAAAUGUAGCUAGCUAGACUCUCUUACCCAUAUACAUUGAUGAAUGCUUCUCCCUCUCAGUCACGGAUGCCAUGGUUGCCCUUAGUUUUAAGAUGUAAUCCGGAGAUAGGUGUUUUAUACAACAGCCUUCUGUGAGUUCUCUUUUCGACUCCCUCCGCAUAUUUGCAAUCAAACGCCUGAAUUUUCUCCAUCUCCUUAGCUUUCAUACUCUGCUUCCAUUGGGCAUUCCACUGAUUUCAAAACUCAGUCCUCCAGAAAGUGGAGAGCAUUAUCAACACUUUUGCAAUUCUUUGUGAUAUCUUUCAAAAAAGACGCGUUAGAAAGGAUUAACUACACAUACUGAGCAGCUCAUAUUAUAGACAGAAGCCUGCUACAUGGCAGACCAAUCCGAUCUCAUCUCUCGGCAUGUCCAGCCCAUCCAUUAUCUCAGCCAGCGGGAAGGUUCCUGUCUUUUUCUGUGGCUAAAACAGCUCGUAAUUUAACAAUGUCAUUCGUAUUUACAGAUGGCAUAUAAGUUUGUUAUUAAGGCACAUGAAUGUUCACAUGUUCCAGAAGGCAUUUCUACCAAAAAAACAAAGUUCAAAUGCCUCUCCUGUGAAGUAGUGACGCGCGACAUAAGCCUAGUUUCCUGAAACGAGUCACAUAUCACAGCAAGGUUGAUAUUAUGUCAGCAUCAAGGUUACAAGGUUACAAUAACAUAGCACAUGACUCAUGUGAUCUGACCACAAUGGCCAAGAGGAUAGUCUAUCUCUAUGGUUCAUGGAGCAACUUGACAUAGUGAAUGUGCCCGUUGAAUACAGUGAAUAUGACUUGUUGACCUAGUAUUUAAUCUAAGGACAUGCACAAAAGGAAUGCAGAUUCAGUUUCACACUUCCUCAGUCACCACCAUCUCUCCCUCUCUCUCGCUCUUUCUUUCUCUGUCUCCUCUCUUCUCCAUCUCUCUUAUUUUUGUCUCAUUCUGUCUUUCCUCUCCUCUCUUUCGCUCUCUCUCACUCUCUUUCCUUCUCUGUUCCCUUUGUCUUAUUCUCUCUCUCCUCCAGGUGGUGUAUCUGACUAAGUUUGCAGUGUUCCGCGACUCGCUCUACUACACCCUGUCUGUGUUGGCAUUGAUUGCAGUGAGUAGCUGAUCAUCUAAUCUCUAGUCUACUUUACAUAAUGAGGCCAUUCAGACUGUCUAGGCCACUGGGCUCAUAGAGGGUUGUGGGGAGGAGAUUGUUCUGGCAGCUGCUUGUGUGUGUGUCUGGGGUUCUCUGUAAUAUAGAAAGAACUGGGGAUAUAUGUAUCAAGCAUCUCAGUUUAGGAGUGCUGAUCAAGAAUCAGGUCCCAUAUGUCCAUGUAAUCCUAUUCAUUGUGAUCUAAAAGGCAAAACAUCCUACAUCAGAACUCCUAUUCUGAGACACUUGAUAAAUACGACCCCUGUAUUGUACUGUAGAAUAAAGUGCAUACCUUUUCACACUAUCAUACUUUACAUAAUGAGGCGAUUCAGACUGAGAGCCCCUAGUGGCUUUUUAACCUUCAUUUACUGUCUAGCCCACUGGGCUCAUAGAGAGACAGAGACCCAGCGGGCCGAUAGACAGACCAUUCCUCUGCUCUGCGAAAGAAGGGAGUACACAGAGAGAGAGAGAGAGAGAGAGAGCGAGAGAGAGAGCGAGAGAGAGAGGAGAAGAGAGGAUAUAUAGAGAGCAGAGACGAAGUCUCUCUCUCUCUCUCUCUCUCUCCUCUAGCUCUCGAGUCUUCUCUCUCUAUCUCUCUCUCUCUCUCUUCUCUCUCUCUCUUCUCUCUCUCUCUCUCUCUCUCUCUUCUCCCCUAUCCUCUCCUCCCCUCCCCCCCCACAGAGACAGAGACUUUAGAAACUCUAGACAGCACUUUUAAUGUAAACAGUAUAGGAACCGUUCUUUGACUAUGCUACUUUCUCAUAGCCAUCAGUCUGUGAUAGUAACUGCACCCUUUAUGCAUCGCAACAUUCAAGUGUUUCUAAGUUAGAGUUUAGUUUCUUUAUAAGAAAAGUAAAGUUGAUGCUCCUUCCCCUUGAAAGUAUGAACUUUAAUGUAAGUAUCUUUUCCCUCUUUCAUUUUCCAAGGUCAUUUACGAUGAGAAGAUAGUGUGGUGAGUACCCUGAUGUGUGUUUCCCUUGUGUCUCAGCAGGAGGUUUGUGCGUGUGCUUGUGUAUGUGUAUGCGCCUGCAGACAUUCUGACUCUACUCUGUCUGUCUCUGCAGGUGGGAGAGCUUAGUGCUAGUAGUGAUGUACUUUGGGUACAUUCUGAUCAUGAAGUGAGUUCCACUGGGACCUGUUCCUUCCCGCCUCAAAGACACAAACACACACAUACACACACACACACACGAGCACACGCUACAAAUAGUAAAAUCCACAUAUAGUAUAUAAUAUAAGUUGAGUAUACUGUACUGUGUAUAAACUCUCAACUGAAGAUGUAAAACCUUUUCUCUUUUCUCGCAUCAGAUUUAACACCAGCAUCCAGAACUAUUUCACAGGGAAGGAGGACAAGAGCUUGGCCAACGGUAACACAGUGAUCAGCAGCGAGCUGGAGGAUGGUAAUGCUUGUUAUGACAGUUACAUAUGGGAUGAUCCGUCCAAGCCGUUACUUUCUCCAGGUAAGGGUAACCAGACAGGCUUUAUGGUCACCUCUCAGCCAACCCUCUGGCACUCUGACUGACCUUCUAGCACAACAACUACUCUACUGUAUCUGGCUGUCCUGGCAAACCUAGAAGCUAAUCUUAGCUUCUACUCUUGGCUCUUCCAAUCUGGUUUAACAUUGUCAAAAGUCCUUUCCACCAUCUCCUCCCUUUGGCUUGAUGUUGUUCGUUCCUCUUUGGAAACUCUUAGCUCUGAUCCUUCAAACAGAGUUACAUACAUAUCUUCUCUAUUACUCUAUUUUAGACUUUGUGUCUUUCUCCGAGUGACUCUGAUCUUCUCUCAGUGAUAGAGGCUGUGCUAUCUUUCAGAGUUCUCCUCUCCUGUAUGGUCUAGUAGACGCAAACUAAACUUGUGCUGCCGUGUGGCAGCCCUGUCGCUACUGUAACGAAGCCUGUCUGUUUAGCCUUACUAAACCUACCUGCCUGCUGUGACCUGGUCUGUGAGCUGUGACAUGUAUUGCCAUGCUGUGUAGUGAUGUGGUGUGCUAUACAGUUCCAUGUCUCACCCUCUUCUGCUGUGUCAAGUACAGUCCAUUAUUUCAGAGUCACAACAUGUACAUCAGUGGAGGAUGGUGGGAGGAGCUAUAGGAGCUCAUUGUAAUGGCUGGAAUGGAAUCAAUGGAACAGAGUCAAACAUGUGGUUUCCAUAUCUGUGAUGUGUUUGAUACCAUUCCAUUUAUUCCAUUCCAGCCAUUACAAUGAGCCCGUCCUCCUAUAGCUCCUCCCACCAGCCUCCACUGAUGUACAUGCAUGUGUAAUGGUGUGUGUGUUGGUGUUGGUGCGUGGCUGUGCAGGAAUGUGUAUGUCUGCGUGCCUGUGUGUAUGAUGUGUGUGUACGUGUGUGUGUACCUGUGUGUAUGAUGUGUGUGUACCUGUGUGUGUACCUGUGUGUAUGAUGUGUGUGUGUACCUGUGUGUGUACCUGUGUGUAUGAUGUGUGUGUACCUGUGUGUGUACCUGUGUGUAUGAUGUCUGUGUACCUGUAUGUAUGAUGUGUGUGUACCUGUAUGUAUGAUGUGUGUGUGUACCAGUGUGUGUACCUGUUUGUGUCUGUAUGAGUGUGUGUGUAUAUAUCGAAAGAAAAUCUGUCCUGGCAGUUGGCUCACUCCCCUGCACCUCGGGGGUGGUGAUUUGUGAGGUUUUAUUGUUUGUCACACACACGCACACACUGAAGGUUUUAGUGUGUGUCACUCCGGUGGCUGAUGAUCCCAUCUGACAGCGUCUUCAUGGGGCCUUCAUGGGGCACCCCAAUGGUGGAACAAGCUCCCGCUCGACGCCAGGACAGCGGAGUCACUGACCACCUUCCGGAGACACUUGAAACCCUACCUCUUUAAGGAAUACCUGGAAUAGAAUAAAGUAAUCCUUCUUCACCCACCCCCCAUAAAAAAAUAAAAAAAAUAAAGCUGGUUGUCCCACUGGCUAUCAUUUUACAUUUACAUUUUAGUCAUUUAGCAGACGCUCUUAUCCAGAGCGACUUACAGUUAGUGAAUACAUAUUUUUUUAUACUGGCCCCCCGUGGGAAUUGAACCCACAACCCUGGCGUUGCAAACGCCAUGCUCUAUCAACUGAGCUACAUCCCUGCCGGCCAUUCCCUCCCCUGGGCCAAUUGUGCGCCGCCCAUGAGUCUCCCGGUCGCAGCCGGCUGCGACAGAGCCUGGAUUCGAACCAGGAUCUCUAGUGGCACAGUUAGCACUGCGAUGCAGUGCCUUAGACCACUGCGCCACUCAGGAGAACAGAGCUAUCAUAAGUUGAAUGCACCAAUUUGUAAGUCGCUCUGGAUAUGAGCGUCUGCUAAAUUAUGUAAAUGUAAAUGUAAAAAUGGGCCUUGAAUUGGGCCCAGUGGGGCUCACUCUGCUGCUGUCACACAACCACUUUAAUUGCACCUGCUGACAUACUGUAUCCUUCGGCUGGUAUGUGAGUGUGUGUGUGUAUGCGCAUGCGUGCGUUCGUGUGUUUUCGUGUGUGGGUGUGCAUGAGAGAGAGAGAUAGAGUUUGCUGGUCUGGCAUGUGGGUGUAUUAGGCAGGUGUGUCUGGCCAUCCUUGUAAAGGCAUGUCAAUGUGGGUACCUACCUUUGUGGUUCUGUAAUGCUUCUUCUUCUUCUUCUUCUUCUUCUUCUUCUUCUUCUUCUUCUUCUUCUUCUUCUUCUUCUUCUUCUUCUUCUUCUUCUUCUUCUUCUUCUUCUUCUUCUUCUUCUUCUUCUUCUUCUUCUUCUUCUUCUUCUUCUUCUUCUGGUGCUUGGUGUGUACAGUUAGUCUAAAGUUACUUUAUGCAUCUGUCUAUGCUGUCUCACCAUCUCUGUGUCUCCAGUGAAGCCCACUAAAAUGUACAGUCGUGGAUCUGUGGUGAUGGUGGAUGAGAUGAUCAACUCCAGUCCUCCUAACUACAGUUUCCCCGACGCCGGCCUGCGCAUCAUGAUCACCAACCAUUUUGGCCCCAAGACACGCCUCCGCAUGGCCAGCCGCCUCAUCAUCAAUGAGGUGGGAGAGGUCACUGGGGUCAAGGGUUAGGGGUCAGAGGGUACAGGGUCAGUCAGGCGGGUCAGGCUGAGGAGGUUUGACACAGGACCCAAACAUGUAGUUGUUACAGAAGGGGUUAAAGUUUCCCAUGGGGUUGACUUCUUACAUUGUAUAGAAGCCAGGCCGAUUGGAGAGGAGCUCAGUUAAAGUGAUUUACUUAGAAGUGUAGAAAGUUUGGCCAAUCAGAGAUUAGAGAGAAACUACAGUGUAAGACGAUUUGCUGUUGUAGAAAGCUAGCGUGGAACCCCGUAUUAUCGGCAUAUUCAACAGCGUUUAAGAAAUAUAUUACCUUCAACAGUGUUAUCUUGUGAUCAAGCCAUCAAAGUUUUGUGAUUAUUGGUGUCGUAAAAAUGUUAGCUAAUGGGUUAGCAAUUAGCAUGUUUGACAAUUCAGUGUAAAUACUACUAUUAUCAGCUUUUUGGUUUAGCAAAAAAAUACGUCCCGUAUUAUCGGCAUACGGUCCCCAGUUAUUGGCCACCUUACUAUUUGUAUCAAUUACAAGAUAUAUCCGUUUAAUUUAGCUAAAAAAAGAGACACCAACCUCGUAUUCAAAGUAUUUACUAGAUAGUUGACUAGUUGGCUAGCCUUCCGGUAAAAAAUUAUGACUUGCCUGUCAACUUUUUAUUGCGUAGCCCGGUGCCCCCUCCUGUGGACUCUUAAAAAAUGGUUAUUCACCAACAUAUUCAGUGUUGUAACCAAAUAAUGUCUCAUAAUUUGUUUUUAUGUUUUGAGAAAGUAGAUAACAGUUGAAUACUAAAAUAUAAAUGAGUAUAAUUUACAUCAAAUAAAACUUUAAUUUCAGUAAUGUGCAUUGACAUAAACAAUGAAAACACUGUUGGAGUUUGUGUUGCAGAGAUGCACUUGGAAAGUAAAGGAAGAAAUACACAAGAUGGGUUGAAUAAAUAUUAAUUAUAUUUUAGACAUGUAUUUUUCUGUACAAAUAAAUAAUUUAAUAUGAACACAAACAAAUCAAACAAUUAAAUCUCGACCUCCAUCCCUAUAUUGUCACAAAAAUCACAAUAAAAAUCCAGCUCCGCCGCUACCUCUGGAUCCGACUGCACACACCUGCAGUGAAACCAGUGCUGGCAGAGGUCACAGCACACCCAUGGCACCUUGGAUCUACACUCCUGAGGGGAGCUUGCAGGCGGAUCAUGCUCCCCGCAGCGAGGUGGUGUCUUCUUUUAUAAAAAAUAAAAUAAUAAUCAAAUUGAUUAACAUGGUUUUGCAAAAUGUAGAAGUUCUUCAACAACAAUAGUAAUUGAUACAACUGAGAGAGAGAAACAGAUUAUGAAGUACCUGAGAGUGGUGCCAUGGGUGGCGUGACAGACGUGACCGGUGGAGCUUUUCUCUUCCUUUUCUGUGCUGCAGUUUGAGAAAAAGUAGUGUUAGACAGAGCAUGUUUCAUGAAAACCAUUUUCAACUUUUUUACAUCAAUACCUCUGGAGGAAGCUGCAGAAGUUUUGGAGGAGGUGGAGAUGACUUGAGGACUGGUGCUAUGGACUGUAGAUAUGUAAAGAGAGAUACAUUUUUUACAUUGCUGUUUUAUAAAACAGAUAAGUCAUUAUUUCGUAAUUUAACAUGUGUUUACCGGUGGAGGUGGCUGUAUACAAAUUGCAGGGGGCAGGGACACCAGAAGAGGCUGCUAUGGUGGUGUGACCAGGGGAGACGGAGGAGGCAGUUGGUCCAGAGGAGGCCGUGUUGGUGGUGACAGACAGGGGGGGUGGUGUGCAUCGUGGUGGUGGUGGACAAAACCGCUGACGAUGGCGUGGAGGAGCUGGUGUUUGUAAUGGUGGGGUUGAGGGGCCAACGAUGGUGUGGCUGGGAGAGUAGGCAUGUGGCCUUCUUCUGCAGCUGGGGACUCCAGCGGCUCCUACAGGUGUUGCACACUGGGAGGCACUGGCAGUGGUGAUGCAGCUGUCAGGAGUGGUUCCAGCAGGAGGUCCAGCAGAGGCGAUGGCGUCGAUGGUCUCAUCCAUGGCAGCCCUCUCCUGUGCCCUCUGUGUUCUUAGGGCUGCCCAACGCUCUUUCUCCUCUGCCUCGGCCUUCUCCUUCUCACCCAUCUCCUGUCACUGGCGCGUGUAUUCCUCCCCGGUGAGGCAUGUGGCAACCACAGGGCGUCUUCUGUAUCGGUCUGGCUGAUACUUCAGGACAGUAAGGAUGUGCCCCAGGUCCUUUGCUAUCAGCCCCCACUCUAUUAGGGGGUGCUCUUCUAGAGCUAGGGCUGGGACUGGAGCAGGGGCUGAGGGUCCUCCUGUGAUCACUGGGGAGGAGGUGCUGAUGGACGGCACAGUGCUGCUGGUUCCAGUAGAGGCGGUGGUGGGACCCGGUAGGGACCGAGACGGCAUUAAACGGGAACCCUUCAAUGGCUGAAGGGUCAAAAGGGAAGAGGCCACACUUCUUAAACCCUUCCACCACAUAGCGCAUGUCCUUGCAGCACUGGUACGGGUAGCGGAAUACUCUGGCAAAUUCUGAUUUGUUUGCCAUGUAGGAGUGGUCAGCUACAUUGGAGAACUCAGCCUUUAAAGGGCCAAAGUAUGCCACGUCUAGCGGCUGCAGGACACGGGUGCAGUGUGGUGGAUGACAAAGAAGUAUAACCCCUUCCCUUAGUGCCGCCGCGAGCACCUCCGGGUCCAUGCGGCUCUUGUGCCCAUCGAAGAGGAGAAGGAGAGGGCGCUCCUUCACUGCAUGCUUAAUGAAGUGUUGAAACCACUUCCUGAACAGGUCCCCGUCAAUGUAGCCACUGUUGACCGUCCAUACAAGGCUUCGGGGGGGGGGGGCCUCCCAGUGUGUAGUGGCCACCGGGGAAACACUUGGGGUAGAUGAUAAAUGGGGUGACGCAAAGGGGACAGGACGACUGCACCGUAUUGAGGGGAGGAUGGAUGGGGCCAUGUAUCGCGAGAUCUUGGCCAACAACCUCCUUCCCUCAGUAAGAGCAUUGAAGAUGGGUCGUAGCUGGGUCUUCCAGCAUGACAACGACUCGAAACACACAGCCAGGGCAACUAAGGAGUGGCUCCGUAAGAAGCAUCUCAAGAUCCUGGAGUGGCCUAGCCAGUCUCCAGACCUGAACCCAAUAGAAAAUCUUUGGAGGGAGCUGAAAGUCCGUAUUGCCCAGCGACAGCCCCGAAACCUGAAGGAUCUGGAGAAGGGCUGUAUGGAGGAGUGGGCCAAAGUCCCUGCUGCAGUGUGUGCAAACCUGGUCAAGACCUACAGGAAACUUAUGAUCUCUGUAAUUGCAAACAAAGGUUUCUGUACCAAAUAUUAAGUUCUGCUUUUCUGAUGUUUCAAAUACUUAUGUCAUGCAAUAAAAUGCAAAUUAAUUACUUAAAAAUCAUACAAUGUGAUUUUCUGGAUUUUUGUUUUAGAUUCCGUCUCUCACAGUUGAAGUGUACCUAUGAUAAAUAAUAAUAAUAAUAAUAAUAAUAAUAUGCCAUUUAGCAGACGCUUUUAUCCAAAGCGACUUACAGUCAUGCGUGCAUACAAAUACUUGUUCUCCCCACUGUAGCUAAAUAACUUGGCAUACUAUACACAUUUUAGAAAGCUAACUCAAUCUGAAUAUGUAUAAACAUGUACAUUUCAAAGCUAAGGCAUUGAAAGGUGAUGAUGAAAGUUUUCACAAUAACUGAAAGUGUACCCACGUUUUUUGUUUGAUGUUAUCUGUAAUUAAAAUUAGUGUCCCAAUUAGUUUAAUAUUGAUGCAUACAUUGUAACAUUUGACUAAAUACUGCCUAUAUGUAGCUGUUGUAAGAUUAAACAUAGCCAACAGUGAUAGGUGUCAAAAAGUUAAUGGUUCAAAGUUCAAAAUUAGUUUUUGCAGAUUGUGUAAAACACCCCCGUCAAAGGUCAAAGGUAAAGCUUGACAACAUUCAGCUGUUUUUGUGAUAUGUAUUAUCUAAUGCUUACAAUUUAUUUCCUUUUUGCUUACUUAGCAGUUCUAUCAACAUUUAGCAACUAAGCUAGCAACGUUAGAAAAUCUGUUUGCUAUAUUUCAGAGGUAAAAAGUUGGACAUUAAAUGAGGUGUGGUCUGUCGCGCAGUCGAAUUUUACAAUAUGCAGCGUGUCCCACAAAAUGUGUAUGUAUAUAACUUUUCUGAAAACUCUCAAAACCUAACUUAACUUACAUAAAUUGCACUGAAAAUCGGUGGUCAGCUAGCUAGAAGGGUGUCUUUAGUCGCAAAACUUACCGUUAUUUUCCAGUCCAUUUAAAUGUUGAACUCGAGGUGAUUUUGUCCUCCAACCGCUAGAGAGUGUCCGAAGUUAGGGGGUGUCCGAUGUUGGUGUACAGUUUAGAGUGAUAAUUAGCCCACUUAAGUUUUGAUAGGCGGCCUGCAUGCUUCAAUCAUACUUGGCACAUUAUAUGAUCACUGUAUGUGUCUCUAUUGAUCAAAAUAUCCUGGGGGAUAUUCAUAAAACUUUACUAGUUCAUAAAGUCAUUGCUCGGAGAAAGAGAAACAUACUAUAAAUAGCCCAUGAAAUAGCAUGUGGGCCACUAAAUCAGGUGUGUGAUGUUGCUACUACCACUGAGUGUGUGUGUGUGUGUGUGUGUGUGUGUGUGUGUGUGUGUGUGUGUGUGUGUGUGUGUGUGUGUGUGUGUGUGUGUGUGUGUGUGUGUGUGUGUGUGUGAGCAGCAACAGAGGCUGGUGCAGGCGUCAAAUGGUGUGGACAACGAAACCAUGGUGAUCACUGAUGGUAAACCUGAGACCUUGGAGAACGGCACCGUACCAGAGGACAAGACUGCUGAGGAAGAGGAGGGAGAAGCCCUGAAUUCACCCUUCACCAUCCCUGGUGGGUGUGUGUGUGCGUGCCUGCAUGCAUGUAUGUGUGUAAUAACUUCAAUUACAUUGGCUGGUACACCAAUAAGCUGCUUUCACACACUUUCACCCACUACUCAAACUGAACGCUCACCCCCUUAGUGUACUUCAUUGGUUGUAAUGAACAUGAGCUGCUGUUUCUUGUUCCCUCCACCAGGGGGCUGCAUGGAGAAAGUGAAGUGGCUGAUCUCCUGGCCCAUCCUGCUGCUACUCUACUUCACUGUGCCAAACUGUGCCAAGCCUCGCUGGGAACGCUUCUUCAUGCUCUCCUUCUUCCUCUCCACCGUGUGGAUCGCUGUCUUCUCCUACUUCAUGGUCUGGAUGGUGAGAUGUUGGAGAUUCUUUCGAGCUUACAUGUCACUCUCGUUUUCUGGGAGAAGCAAAGAAACAUUGAGCAAUUUGAUUGUUUUUGCAACCAGAGUUGAAAAGUCCCAACUUUAUAGAAAUGAUCAGUGACGAGACUCCACGAUAACCAAUCGGGUAGGGAAGCUCUCUCCUCUAGUCGUUAGCAAGCUUUGACACUGUGCUGGAUAGGCCACGAACCACGGUGCUGUUCGUUUUGCAUGCUAUUUGGAAGAUUUCUGUCUAAUCUGUUAAAUGUGUGUCUGUGUGUGCAGGUCACCAUAAUUGGCUACACUCUGGGCAUCCCUGAUGUGAUUAUGGGCAUCACCUUUCUGGCAGCUGGCACCAGUGUCCCCGACUGUAUCGCCAGCCUCAUUGUUGCUCGUCAAGGUUCAGCACUAUUUUCUUUCUUUCUUUCUUUCUUUCUUUCUUUCUUUCUUUCUUUCUUUCUUUCUUUCUUUCUUUCUUUCUCUCUCUCUCACAUUUCUGAGAACAGUACCAGUAUACUGUAUGGUCUGUACAGGAUUUUCCAUAUCGAUCUCUCUCUAGGUCUUGGGGAUAUGGCGGUCUCCAACACCAUUGGUAGUAAUGUCUUUGAUAUCUUGGUGGGACUGGGGCUACCAUGGGCGAUACAGACCAUGGCUGUGGACUAUGGCUCUGAGGUAAAGGAAGUGCAUCCAGGAACUGUUUUCCCUCAUGCCUCUUGAUCUCGAUCUAGAUCUCAGAUUAUUUAUCUCCCUCCCUCUCUCCCUCUCCCUCUCUCUCUCUCUCUCUCUCUCUCUCUCUCUCUCUCUCUCUCUCUCUCUCUCUCUCUCUCUCUCUCUCUCUCUCUCUCUCGCUCUCUCUCUCUCUCUCUCUCUAGGUGAUGAUCAACAGCAGAGGGCUGGUCUACUCUGUGGUGCUGCUUUUGGGUUCUGUGUUUCUGACAGUGAGUUAAAUGACGUUUCUCCAUUUUGAACUUUGCACUUUCUCUCUCGCUCUCUCUCUCUGUGUCUCUCUCUCCCUCCCUCUCCCUCUCCCAUGAUCUCUGUCUCUUACACUAUUUCCUCUCUCCCUCUGUGCCCUGCAGGUUCUGGGGAUCCAUGUGAAUCAUUGGAAGUUGGACCUGAAGCUGGGUGUGUACGUGCUGGUGAUGUACGUCAUAUUCCUGUGUUUCUCCAUCAUGAUCGAGUACAACGUCUUCACCUUCGUCAAUCUGCCCAUGUGUCUGGAGCAGCUGUAG